UCCCACCACUACCCCCACCUCUUCUCCCACCACUACCCCCACCUCUUCUCCCACCACUACCCCCACCUCUUCUCCCACCACUACUGGAACACACUCACCCUCCUCAACACCCAGCUUGUGGGAAAAACUAGUUUCUCAUCACGAGGAAAAGACCAAAGCACUCGCCACCCUUAAGCAAUUCCAAGCAAAGCUGGUCUUGUUAACAACCCAAUGGACUGCGAAUUAUUCUCUUAAACCACCUUCCAAGUCGAUCAAAACCCGCCGCUCAGUGCCUUCAGAGCCACAGGAAGCCAUGGCUGCCACACUCGACGUCGCCAGAAGCAUUCUCGAGAUGCUGUCUCGCAUGCCCACCUCGAGCAGUGUUCCAGUGUAUGAGCAGGUGGUAAAGGAGCUGGAGGAGAUAUUCCAGAAGUAUGAUGACCGUUCCUCAAUGAUGACGGAGGACGAUCUGGCCAGGAUCCGCGCUCUGACGUUAAAACUCCUCCCUGCUGUCGACGAGGUGAUUCUGCUGCUGGAGAACGAAGUCGCCGAACUGAAGAAUGAAAUCGACGCCGUGGAGGAGGAGCUUCUUGGCCCCAUAUUGGGAGGGGAGCAUGUGGGUCCUCCACUUCCAAUGUCCAAUGACGACAAGUCCUCUUGGGAGAUUUUCAGCUCGCCAAAGGACCUCCCGUUAACGCCCUCUUCCUCGAUGGUCCACGGCUCCGUUUCCGGUUACAAGAUCGAACUCCUGGCCGAGUCCCUACGGCAGGCUUUGAGCGUUGGGGACAAUGCUACGGAAUUUAUUGUAAACAACACAGACCGAAUCCGGAACGUCGACUUCCGAUCCCACCUUCGGUCGGGCGAUGUGAACGGCGUAAACGUAACGCGGCUGAGGGAGUCCGGCGUAGCCCUGAACGCCACGAGGGUGAACGUUCCGCUGGCGUUCCUGCAACACGUCGGGGUGAUGGGGAAUGUGACUGUGGAAAAAAUCAACGGAGUCCCCGCUGAAGAAUACGUCACGAAGGACGGAACUUUUGCCUUUGACGCUCCUGUUCAGUUCAUGGAGGGUGUGGUGGUGAAGGAACACGUGACGGUGACCUCGACCCUCAACGACCUCGAUCUCAGCAACGUGACCUCGAAGAUGGCCAGGGUCACGGGCACGAAGAAUUUCCAGACUGACCUCGUCUUUGGACACGUGGAUGCAGAUAUUGUGGACUCUCCUCGCGUCACCGUCUCCGGCGUCGACUUCGGGGACACCGUGAAGAAGAACGAGUCUGCGAUCAUUACAGGACGCAAGACCUUCCAGGGAGACCUCCGGGUGGAGUCGGGUCCGGUGCAGGCUCGAGAUGUCACUGCGGAGACCGUGGACGGCGCAAACGUCACCGAUUUAUUCUUCGGGUCGCUGAGGAAGAGCCCGAGUGAUUUGCAGGUCGUUGAGGGAGGCUUCAAAAUCCAAACAAUGAAGAUAGAGAAGAACUUGUCAACGCAAGGCUUGACCGUUCUCCCGCGUGACGACAGUGUCCCAUACUUUAUGAAUUUUACGAGCUUUACUCGCCACGUGGUCUACAAAGAUGAAGACCGCGUUAUCACUGGGGAUCUCGUUCUCUUUGGUAACAACGAAGUCCACAAUCUAGGUUUCCAUGACACGUUCGACGGCGUUCCCUUCCCCCGCUACGAGGCCGGGUGGCUGCUGCAGGAGGCCAACCAGACGCUGAAGGGACACUUGACUGUCGCUUCCGACAUGAAUGCGCAGCGGGUCGUGACCUUGUCCGGGGUCACGGUCCAGGGCGUUGACGUCAGCUUUCUUGACCUCUUUGCCAUGAAGGUGGACGAGUCCGAGACCUUCCUCGGGCCGGUGGUUUUUGAUCUGAUCUCUUCCGUGAGUCCAGUGAAAGUGGACGGGCGCGUUCAGGGCUGGGACCUCUCCGCGGAAGGCAUCGUCCAGACGGCGUCCAACUCCUCCGAUGGGCGUGUCCUCGUCUUCACCGGAACCAAGAACUUCGUUGGAGACGUAUUUUACGGCGCAGACUUCGAUGUGACGGGGCUGGUGAACGGCGUCGACCUCGGAAGCGUCUGCCCCCUGCUGGACUACCAUCAUUUUCACACUGACUCGGCCAUCUUCUUAGGAGUCGUGAGGGGCGAGGAAGUGCAUCUCGGGAAAGAUCGACUCCUCUUAGACCCCGGUUUUGCCGAUUCCUUCUGGAGGAGUGACCAGCCGGCUCUCCUCCCCAACGCCUUCGCUUUUGAUAAGGUGGUAGCUGUGGAUAUCGCGACGAAUUACAUGGUCAACCAGGUGGAUCUCAAGGCCUUCAACGCCUCGGUUCUCCGCAACUCCUGCGCGGGAGGAAGCCAGGAGGUCGCCGGCUCGUUUUCCUUCGCCAACCUGAAUGUAUCUUCGCUUCAGUCGACGUUCGUGCAGACGGAGACCCUGGACACGUGGCCGGCAAGUGACCUCCUGAACAUCAUGACCAGCGACGAGACGCAGUUCAUCACAGGUCAAAUGUAUUUCGAUUACGUGCUUGUGCUUGGCAACAUCGACCCCUUCACCACCGUGGGAGGACUUGAGACGUCCGAGUUCUGCCGCCGCGGGGCGCCCUGCUCCGUGGAAGCGCCGAAGGACUUCGCCAAUCUCACGGUCGUCGGCAAUCACACGGUGCAGAACAUGAGCACCAUACAGGGCGUGGAUGUGUCGGAGGCUUUCGAGGGCGCCGUCACCAGCACCACCUGCGGGCUCAUCCCUGGCCGCACCACCUUCACCAAAGGACUCAAUUUGACUUACUUGUGGACAUCCGGCUUGGUGGACGGCGUGAACAUGACUGCGCGUGAACUGCUGACCCUCUCGGAAGACCAGAUCAUGCAAGGCUCCCUCUCCGUCGUGGGCGGAAGUGCAGAUAUUGCACUUACGGUCGAAAGUCUUACUUCUGACGACGGCCACUUCAACUCAAUGAAUCUGACAGAUUUGUGGAACACAGCUGUCCGGCUUGACCGAGAGAACGUGGUGAGCGGUCAGGUCUCUUUCCAGGGCGGGGUGACCUUCCAGGACCUUAGCCUUUACAAGACUCUCGAUGGCGUCUUGGCCCUGAUAGCUUCUCCUCCAGACGUGUCGGAACUCGUCCUGCCUUAUGAAUAUACUUAUAAUAUAUCUCGCAUCAAUCACCAUGUUCUGGAAGGCCAAGCGAACGAAUUCUGGGGAUGGAGGAGAGUGCAGGAGUUUCAGGAACCCCUGGUGAGAAUGGUGCCCCUCAUCAUGGACCCCCUCCUGCAAGGGCGCACCUCGAGCAACACCACGGAAUACCUCGCACUCAUAACGUCCUUGGGCAGCACCAAGAUCUUCAAGCUCCUCGAAGAUGGUCGUUAUGAGGAUACAAAUAUGAAUUUAGGUGGAGUCUGUACCAAAAAUGCAGUGGGUUACACAAGCCAUGGAGAAGAGUUUGUUGUGACAGGACAUGUCUGCUUGGAUGUUUCCUCAGAUGAUGGCACGAAAGUAACAAGUGACAAUGAGGUGCUAAUCUGGAACAUCACAGCGGGAGGGGCCCGCUGGACGUCUAGUGUGUCCACUCCUGGAGCAGCUGAUGUGCAGAUGGUGAUGCUACGCGAGAAGCCCUGUUUAAUCAUUGUUCCAGCAAGGGGAAAUGAAGUUCUGAUAACCUGUGAACACUCGCCAGGCCAUUUCCGGGAGCUACAACGGCUGACCACUGCCUUCAACCCAGUCAAGGCGUCAGUAGUAGAGCACAUGGAUCCUAGUGGCACCAGCACCAUCUUCUUAGGGGUGGCUGAUCAAGGCGACUCUCAUGAACACAUGGGGUCCUUCAUGUUGUGGCGCUACGAUGCCGAAGAGGACACUUUCUCUCUACUCCAGGUUAUAAACAUGGAUGAUGUGAAGUGGGUAGAAAUGACGUCCCACUUGAGUGAUCUGUUCCUUGUUGUGGUCUCUGGGGCCUUCAGAGGGGACCAACAGGGACAGGUGCACAUAUACAGAAUGGACUGGUUUGACGGGGAUGGGACCCAGGCUCUUGGACAUUAUGGAACAGUCGUUCAGAGCGGCCAGUUUGACCGCCUUACAGCUUUGAGAGCCAAGCCGCAGUUUUAUUUCGUUCAAGAGGUAGCGGUAGAAGAACCCGUAGAGGCCCGGUUCUACACCCUUCCUUCUGGAGAACUUAAUCUUUACGUUAUCAAGCAGGACGGCAUUGUGGUUCGUUUCUCGCAGAAGGGUAUUCACAGGUUCUGGAAAGAGGGGGAUCUGCACGCCCCUGGGAAAGUCACCCUGGACGUGUGGUCAUCUUGGGUCAACGGCAGGGUCGUCCAGCGACUAAACGCGGGAGGAAGUUCCUGCCAGGACCUCGAGAAAAAGAACUUCCCAGAGGAACCUUCCGUGGUGCUGGAGGCCCUCUUCCGCGGCGGUGUGGAUUCCCAGGGCCAGCCAUCGUGCCCGGCCAACCACUAGGGACUCUGCAGAAGGAUUUUCGUGGGAUGCGAAGAAUCGUCUUGCUGUCUUCAGCUGUUAACCAUAAACCUUAAGGAUUUCGAAUCUUGCUUUUCGCGAGCUCCCUUGUUAUUUUUUGGUUAUAUCUAUACCCAUGAUGUAUAGAGUAAUGUAUUAGUGACAUUCGAGCGCCAAGUCUCUCCUUUUAAUUGUUACUAAAUCUAGUCUUUUAAUUAUAGAUACGUCAUGCAUAUAUGUAUUUUUGUAUUAUCAGUAUCUAUAUGUUUUAUUAAGUGUUUGUUAUUGUUGAAAUAUAUUUAAGACGUGUGAUGUGGUACUUUUAAGUUGUUUUUGUUCUUUGCCUAAAAACUGGAAAAAAAUAAAAAUAAAA